CAGCAGUUAGGCAGCAGCCACCAUUCCAUCAUUAUGUCUCCUGAGGUGUGUUUGUUGAUGUUGUUGGGGGCUGUGGCCACGACCAGCGUCGCGUCUGCCGCGAAGCUGCCCCUUCCUCAGGACUCUGGCCCUCACUCGGACCUCUCCCAAGCCCCGGAGGAACUUGCCCCCGGUCUCGGCUCUCUGUCUUCGAACUUGUAUGAAGCGCCGGUCGAACCACUGGUACCUUCGAGAUUGUAUGAAAUUCCGUUUGUGCCAGCUGCCACUGAACCAGCUGCCACUGAACCAGCUGUCACUGAACCAGCUGCCACUGAACCAGCUGCCACUGAACCAGCUGCCACUGAACCAGCUGCCACUGAACCAGCUGCCACUGAACCAGCUGCUCUGUACGAAGCUCCACCUGCGCCAUCCACCACUGAACCAGCUGCUCUGUACGAAGCUCCACCUGCGCCAACCACCACUGAACCAGCUGCCACUGAACCAGCUGUCACUGAACCAGCUGCUCUGUACGAAGCACCAGCUGCGCCAUCUACCACUGAACCAGCUGCUCUGUACGAAGCUCCACCUGCGCCAUCUACCACUGAACCAGCUGCUCUGUACGAAGCACCAGCUGCGCCAUCUACCACUGAACCAGCUGCUCUGUACGAAGCACCAGCUGCACCAUCUACCACUGAACCAGCUGCUCUGUACGAAGCACCAGCUGCGCCAUCUACCACUGAACCAGCUGCUCUGUACGAAGCACCAGCUGCGCCAUCUACCACUGAACCAGCUGCUCUGUACGAAGCACCAGCUGCACCAUCUACCACUGAACCAGCUGCUCUGUACGAAGCUCCACCUGCGCCAUCUACCACUGAACCAGCUGCUCUGUACGAAGCACCAGCUGCGUCAUCUACCACUGAACCAGCUGCUCUAUACGAAGCACCAGCUGCGCCAUCUACCACUGAACCAGCUGCUCUAUACGAAGCACCCUCCGCCAUCUACCACUGAACCAGCUGCUCUAUACGAAGCACCACCUCCGCCAUCUACCACUGAACCAGCUGCUCUAUACGAAGCACCACCUCCGCCAUCUACCACUGAACCAGCUGCUCUAUACGAAGCACCACCUCCGCCAUCUACCACUGAACCAGCUGCUCUGUACCAAGCUCCAGCUGCUUUAUACAGUGCACCACCUGUAGAGCCAUCUGAGCCGUCUGGCCUGUACCAAGCACCGUCAGCGCCUAUGGUCGGAAUGCCGUACGACUUCCAGUGGGUCGUCCAGGACGGGGAGAGUGCUAACGACUUCAGCCAUGCGGAGAACAGCGACGGUCGUACUACCCAAGGGGAGUACCGCGUCCUCAUGCCCGACGGUCGCACUCAGGUGGUGAAGUUCGUCGACAAUGGGAAGGGUUUCCGUGCCUCUCUGUCUGUGACAGGGAAAGUGGGAGAGUGAUCUGCUUUGCUCACCUGGAUUCGCCUAGCUGUUGUGAGACGCGCCCCCAUACCGAUGCUAUAUUCACAUGCGAACUGAUGCGUUCCGUCUGCGAAACGUUGAAAAGGUACAUCAUAUGUCCUAAUUCUUGCAUGUGCAUGUGUGCUAUUUAUUGCAUGUGUGUAUAAUAUGCCCUAAUUUUUUUUUCUGAGGGAUCUGCAUUGUUUAUUCAACUAAUUCUACAAUAUGGUAUACUUCCACAGUCGCUAUAUGUACUAUGUACACAAUAUACACUGUGAAGAUACCCCCACCCCCCCUAAAAUAGAUAAUUGACAUAUACAGUUGAGAUUGAAAUUCAACGCUAGGUCAAAUGUUAAAAAAAUAAGGUCUGAUAUAAUACUUUUAUGAUCUAGAAGUGAUUAGGAUUAUUUUCUCAGCUGGUCCUUCUUCCAUGUCAAUAUAAAUCCAAUUUUGAUUUUUAUAAGCGAUACAGUUUACCUUUUUUACGUAAACUCUACAGUCUGUACGAGUACUGUUAUUUUAGAGGUUACGUUGUAUUUGUUACGUAUAUUCGUGGCAACGUAGCCUGAGCACUGAUCUUGUCCUAGCCGCAAAGUGGGGAGUCAGGCUCGUCAAGGUGGUGAGGUGAAAUGGUGACUUUAGCGGGUUUGCGUAUGUAAACACACACAUACACACACACACACACACACACACACACACACACACACACACACACACACACACACACACACACACACACACACACAAAAUGUCUUGUGUGUGUGUGUGUUGUGUGCCAUAACGUUAGUUGGUAGGAAUUCCAACUAACUCAGUGUUGUGUUGUCAUGUAACUUAUAAACGAGAGUAGGUAGGUAAACACUACUAAAAUAUUCACACACACACACACACACACACACACACACACACACACACACACACACACACACACACACACACACACACACACACACACACACUUUUUUUUAACCAAUUGACUAAUUAAUUGUUGAAUCGUCGUCAUCAAAGUCAGGUCUUAUCGAACCUAAUAGCAGCUUUACCUAUAACAAAAUGUAACAAUUUUGAAGAGCACGAAGAAGAUUUUGUACAUCUCGUGGAAUAAGAAUAUUGACCAGCCUGGACAAAAAUAAAAAGUUCCUGGAUAA